AUGAGCAAACGUACGUUUUCUUCGAUUAAAGACAAUGACAUUUCACGCGACUUUUUCGAGACUAAAAUAGGAAGAAACUACGAUAAUAGUAGAAUAAAGUUUUUGUCACCUAGGGAUAGUAAAGGAUUUUGCCAAGCAUUUGAUCCUAUUACUGAUAGGACGUGUGGUUUGGGGUGUCGGAUAAAGUCAUAUAUGACUUAUCCAGUAUGUAGCAAGCAUGACAAACCCAGGUUUGUCGCUGGAAUUCACGCCAAAGACUAUUUAAAAUCGCUUCCUAUAUGCUCAUCUUUAACUGACGAAUCCAUUAAUAAUUUGGCCAAUUAUUUUACGGAUCGUAGUCUCGAUCUUAAGCGCCCUGUUGAAGGAGGCAUAUUUUACGUAAUGCACCGAGUUGAUAUUCAAAAUUAUCCGGAACUUUACAAAAUUGGUCUUGAUAUUGGUAAUGAAGAUUGUGACUUCGAAGUCCGUAUCUCACAGCAUGAACAAGGUCUUUGCAAUGCGGUUUUUGCGGAAGGGUAUGUCACUCCUGCCCAUUCCGAUUGCCGUUUAGUUGAUGGAUUAAUCAAAAAGCUAUUGGUUGGAUCGCGAGUUGACUUUAAGUGCAGUUGCAAUAUCAAUCAUAUCGAGUAUUAUGAUGAUACGGCAUUAUCGAUCUUUGAACGAGUUGAAUACUGGAUUUAUAAUAAUCCAACGGGUCCAAUAACUGACAAAAUUCAGAAUCUAAUUUCCCUUUCACGUUCUUAG